GAUCUCUAGCUCCAACACGAUGCGCGCCGUCCUUUCGCUCCUCGCCCUCGCGCCCAUCGCGGCCUUUGUGGCCAAGGCGCCGCUCGCGUCGGCGCCCGCGCGCCAGAGCUCCCGAACGGUCGUGUCGUACUUCGACCCCCUGCAGCUGAGCAAGGGCAAGAGCGAGGCGGACAUGAACCAGCUCCGGGAGUACGAGCUCAAGCACGGCCGCGUCGCCAUGGCCGCGGUCUUCGGCAUCAUCGUCGAGCCGCGCUUCCACCCCCUCGCGGACUCGUGCCACGUCGCGCACCCGACGGACCCGAUCCUCGCGGGCGUCGAGCUCAACUUCGCGGGCAAGGCGCAGAUCCUCGGCUUCUGCGCGGGCGUCGAGGCGCUCACGUACUACAUUAAAAAGGGCGACAACUACAAGCCCGGCGACCUCCUCGGCGCCGCCUACUACGUCGCCGACGAGGAGGACGAGCUCUGGAUCAACUACCAGGAGAAGGAGCUCAACAACGGCCGCCUCGCGAUGAUGGCCUUCGCCGGCUUCGUCACGCAGUACCUCCUCUACGGCAACACGGACGACAUGCUCUUCAAGCCCAUGGUGAAGGCGUCCGAGGACCUCACGUGCUACGGCCUCAUCUGCACGUAGGGGACCGCCGCCGCGCCGCCCCGACUCCCCCUCCGUCGUAACGCCCCUUUGCGUCGAA